AUGAAAGAAAUGAGUCGCUAUUGGUCAAGCCCUUUUAAAAGCAAGCUUCCGACCAAGGGCUGCUCUAAGCUUGAGAUCCAGGGGAUGGGUGAACUGGGGCUGACCGAACCCCCAGCAGUGGAGCCUUCAGUGGCGUAUCACCUUCACCCUAACCGCAGAGCAAUCCUAGCUUCUUCUAGCAUUUCUUUGCCCAACAAGAUAGAUCGCCUCACGGCAUCUAUUUAUCAAAGGAUGUACAAAUAUGCUGCACAGUCAGUAUGCUCGCUUAAUGCAGUCACACUGCUAUCAGCAUAUCAGGCAGAAAUUCUGGAAGACAUGGGCCGUCAGCUUGACUCAGGUUCCCCGAACCCAGCCCUCUGGGAUGAAAUCUGCGUGGUUAAUGAUCUCAUUCUUCGCUCCUCCAGGGGAGCAGUCCAAGGGUGUGGCCGUGUCAUGGGCCUUGCAGUCUCGGGUGAGAGAGCCUUGUGGCUAAACCUGUCAGGCCUAGGUGAUGCUCAGAAGGCUGAGGUCAUGGAUGCAGCCUAUGACCCAACCAAGGGUCUCUUUGGCCCAGCCCUGGAGAGAAUGAGAGAAACAAGCACCCGCAGAAAGCAGGAGGGAGAAGCAUUCAACCUCUGCUUACCCAGAAAACCUAACUCUCAGCCCCAGCAGGUGCCAAGAGCUGGCUUUGCCGCAACAGCAGCAGCUGUGAGAGGGAGACAGAGUGGGGUCAGAAUGCAGAGAGGAGCAGGUGGCCUGCAGGGUGCCCACCAGGCCAAGAGAAGGAAGGUGUUAGAAGGGGUAACCAAAUCACUCCAAGGUUCAGGGUCUCCGGAAGUUUCCAGUUCACCAGGAGCACCCUCUCAGUCUCCUCCUCCAGUUCAGGGAGGACAAACUUGUGGACAAAUGGCGCAGUGUCACCAAGCACUCCUAAGCACUCUGUCUGUGUCACCAAGCACUGCCCAGAGUCACCAGACACUUCACUGUGAGCAGGGAGCUCACGCUCUUCCCGAGGGGGAGAGCCCCAACUCCUUCCGGGAGACAGGGGUGACGUCACACUACCGCGUCUUCAGAGGCCCGCUCGCAGCGCGGCUGGAGCGGUGGCACGCAUGCGCAGUUCAUCCCUGGGUCUUGUCAACCAUUUCCCAUGGUUACAGACUACAGUUUGCUGUAAAACCACCGAGAUUCGGCGGAGUGUUAGCUUCGGUGGCCAGUGGCGAUUCAACGAAUGUGCUGGAGGAGGAAAUAUCCUUCCUUUUACACAAACAGGCGAUCAGUGCGGUUCCGAGCGAAGAAGCUCAGCAGGGCUUUUACUCCCGCUAUUUCCUCAUCCCGAAAAAGGACGGAACGUCACUCCGUUCUAUUCUGGAUCUGCGUGUGUUAAACAAGCAUUUGAGAAAGUACACGUUCAGAAUGCUCACACACAAGACGCUUUGUCGCUCAAUUCACACAGGCGAUUGGUUUGUCACAAUCGACCUAUCAGACGCAUAUUUUCACAUCGCCAUUUAUCCUCCACACAGGAAAUAUCUCAGGUUCGCUUAUCAGAGCAUAGCGUACGAGUUUCAAACUAUCCCAUUCGGGCUAUCCUUAGCCCCGAGGGUGUUCAGCAAAUGUGUGGAGGCAGCGCUGUCUCCGUUAAGGAACAGCAGCAUCAGAAUAUUCUCUUACAUAGACGAUUAUCUAAUAUGCUCACGAUCGCGCGAGCAGGCGAUCAAAGACUCCGAGGUGGUAGUGAAUCACCUCACGGAGCUUGGGUUCACAAUCAACCUGGAAAAGAGCCACUUGGAACCCACACAGUUUACAGAGUAUCUGGGGCUCAGAAUAGACUCCAUCUCUUAUCGUAUCGCACUUUCAGAGCAGAGGAUCGCAUCCUUCACUCACUGUCUUUCCCGUUUUCAGCUGGGGAAAGUUGUGCGGUUCCGACUCUGUCUCCGCCUCCUCGGCCUCAUGGCCUCGGUGAUAUCGGUGGUACAUUUGGGGCUGCUUAUGAUGAGAGAUUUUCAGCGGUGGGUCGCUUCUCUGCAGCUGUGCCCUCGCCGACAUCUCAGUCGUGGUGUAAAAAUAACGCAGUCGUGUAUCGCGGCUCUCCGGCCUUGGAGGAGCCAGACAGCUCUCGCUGCGGGGGUACCUGUCGGGGCAGUAUCAUCCAGGGUGACGCUGACCACAGAUGAAUCCCUGUCAGGUUGGGGUGCAACUAUGAUGGGCAGAGCAGUGAAUGGCGUUUGGCCACAGAGACUCGCUCUGAAUCACAUAAAUGUGCUGGAGCUCCGCACGGUGCUGCUAGCCUUACAGCAUUUUCUGCCGUAUCUCCAGGGACAACAUGUUUUAGUGAAAACAGACAACUUCACUGUAGUUGCUUAUAUCAACCGCCAGGGCGGCACCCGUUCCCGGCAGCUACACAGGUUAGCCAGGGAAAUAAUUGUGUGGAGCAGCACUCCGCUCCUCUCUCUUCAGGCAACUCACGUGCCAGGAAUUCUGAACAGGGGGGCGGACCUCCUGUCCAGAGGAAACCCACUGUUCGGAGAAUGGAGGCUUCACCCACAGGUGGUGGAGCAGAUUUGGCAGAGAUACGGCCGGGCUGCCGUAGAUCUCUUCGCCUCGCGAGAAAACACACAGUGCCCUCUGUUUUUCUUCCUGUCAGACGCAGAUGCACCACUGGGCGUGGAUGCGCUGGCCCAUCCAUGGCCAAAAACUCUGCUGUAUGCUUUCCCUCCCCUCAGCCUGAUCUCCCCAACACUGACCAGAGUGAGGGAUCAGGGGCUGUCACUGAUUUUGAUAGCUCCACGGUGGCCAUCCAAACACUGGAUAGCAGAAAUCAUCCAGCUUCUGGUGGACGAGCCAUGGCAACUCCACAUCCGCAAGGACCUUCUGUCUCAGGCGCGUGGGGAGAUAUACCAUCCCCAUCCAGACCAGGUUGCUCUCUGGGCCUGGCCCGUGAAAGGUGGAAUUUGA